AUGCAGAAUCAGGUAACAUACCAAGCUAGUAUUAAGAAAUAUGGUAAGUCAAAAUCAAUAGUUGUUGUAGAACACAAACGAGUAAAUGAAAUAUUAACUAAAGAUUGGGCUGAAGAAGAUAACAAAAAUCAAGAAUGCGAUUUAGAGAUACAAGCUAUUCUUAGAGGUAAUGAAGAAGGUAACUUAGAUAAUGUGUUUACAACUGUUGGAACAAAUUCAGUUGUAAAUGAAUAUUCAUCAUCAAUUCAUCCAACAAGUGCAUAG